CGGCGCGCGCGCGGGCGGGUGUCAUGGCGGCCGCCUGCCUGGAAGAUCCGUCUUUAGAGAGACACUUCAAAGGCCACAGAGAUGCUGUCACUAGCGUGGACUUCAGUCUCAAUAAGAAACAACUGGCAAGUGGCUCAAUGGAUUCGUGCUUGAUGAUCUGGAGUAUGAGACCUCAGAUGAGAGCCUAUCGCUUUGUGGGCCACAAAGAUGCAGUGAUGUGUGUUCAGUUUUCACCUUCUGGCCACCUAGUGGCUUCAGGCUCCAGAGAUAAAACAGUUCGUUUAUGGAUUCCCAGUGUCAAAGGAGAAUCUACUGUGUUCAAGGCUCAUACGGCAACUGUAAGAAGUGUUCAUUUCUCCAGCGAUGGCCAGUCCUUGGUUACAGCUUCUGAUGAUAAAACGAUCAAAGUGUGGACAGUUCACAGACAGAAAUUUCUAUUCUCGCUUAGUCAACACAUAAACUGGGUUCGUUGUGCCAAAUUCUCUCCUGAUGGACGAUUAAUAGUGUCAGCCAGCGAUGACAAAACUGUCAAACUGUGGGAUAAAACCAGCAGAGAAUGUAUACAUUCCUUCUGUGAGCAUGGCGGGUUUGUGAAUCAUGUGGAUUUUCAUCCCAGUGGUACAUGCAUUGCUGCAGCUGGCACAGAUAACACUGUGAAGGUGUGGGACGUUAGGAUGAAUAGACUUCUGCAGCAUUAUCAAGUUCACAGUGCUGUGGUAAACAGUCUUUCCUUUCACCCUUCUGGAAAUUAUCUGGUUACUGCUUCCAAUGAUUCAACACUUAAAAUUCUGGAUUUGCUAGAAGGACGACUUCUGUAUACUCUUCAUGGUCACCAGGGGCCAGCCACCUGCGUAGCUUUCUCAAGAACUGGAGACUUGUUUGCUUCUGGGGGUUCUGAUGAACAGGUGAUGGUAUGGAAGACUAACUUUGAUGCAGCAGAUUAUGGUGAUGUGCUGAAAACACAGAAGGCUGGCAGUAACGUGGAUGGGACCCAUCACAGUCUGCAGUCAGAAAUGGAGUGUGGUGUUCAUCUUAAGAAAACUAAAGCUCAAGAUCCUGGUAGGAACCACCAGCAGCAGCAGGAGGAGGAGACCAUUGCAAAUACUCUAGAGCAUAUUGUGGGACAGCUGGAUGUUCUGACUCAGGCUAAGAUCUUUCCUGUAAAGCCCUAGUACGCAUUCUGCCUGCUGUGUUCUUCCUUGAUCGGCUUUGCUCCUGACCUCUGCAAGACAGCCACUGGGUAAUAGCUUGGCUGGAUACAAAACAGAUGAAAUCCUGUCUCCUCUGCAUAGACGACAGAGCUCCUGCUGGCUCUGGGGCACCUGGGAUUUUACCUGGUGGCUCCCCAGGUUUGGUUUUGGCUCUCUGUGCUGCACUUCUUGCACCUCGAAAGGAGUGGCCAUAGAGAAGAAAACCCUCAGGAUAAUGCUUGUGCUGUAAGCCAGGGCAACAUUCAAAUAAAUCAAAUCGGUCCUCUCAGGUAAAACUUUCUGCACUUGCAGCAAGGAUACACUACGCAAUAGGAGCCUGUUCUGCCUUGUCAUGGGUUAGUGGUGCUUUUGUCAAAGCAAUAAGCUUUGAACUGUUGUUUGGAAAGAAAAGCAUGUGUUACUGGCAAAUCCUGUAAUGCACAGUCCUUUCUGAGGUGGUUGAUGUGUGAUUUUGUGACGUGGCUGAAGGGAAAUGGCUUUGCAUAGUGUUCAGUGCUCUGUUUGUAUCACAUCUGUUGUUUUCUUUUCAUCCCCCACCACUUUCUUUCAUUUCCAAAAUCAUUUUACAGGAGGCUUCUGGUCACUCGAAUGACCCUAGCCAAGCUAUUUCCUCUCUUUGUGCUUCAGUUUUCCCAGCUGUAAAAAGGGGAUGAUGAGACCUGCUUUCUUUUGUCAAGCACUUAGAGAUGUGCUUACGAAAUGUGCUAUUAAAAGGUUUUCUAUGUAUAACUUCUAUACAAAUAGUGGUUGUCCAAGUUUGUUUGAAUUACUUUAUCAAAGUCCAAGAUU